GUGUUACGUGCACACACACACACACACACUUGUUCAGACUGCAGUGUGUGAAAAUGCUCUGGUGUGGACUGUUCUUGGCCCUGUGUCUCUGCAGCGUGCCUCUCUGGGCUCUUCCUUCCACCAGCAUGAAGAUCACUCGGGCUCUGCCCCUGCAGCUCCCGGACUCGGGUCAGCCCGCCGUCUGCCCGCUCUUCUGGACCGAGUUCGAAGGGAACUGCUACCGCUUCUUUCCCCUGAACCGCACGUGGGCCGAGGCUGACCUGUACUGCGCAGAGUUCUCUAACGGUCACCGGUCAGGAAAACUCGCCUCCAUACACAGCUGGGAGGAGAACGUGUUCGUGUACGAUCUGGUGAACAGCCGCGUGCCGGGGAUACCCAGGGACAUCUGGAUCGGCCUGCACGACCGGAGACAGGAGGGCACCAUGGAGUGGACGGAUGGAUCACCGUAUGAGUACAGCUACUGGGACGGGAACCAGCCGGAUGACGGGAUCCACCGGAUCUCUGAGGACGAGGACUGUGUGGAGAUCUGGUACAGACAGAACAGCGCACUCCGGUCCUGGAAUGACAACAGCUGUGACAAGACUUUUCCUUUUGUGUGUAAAAUCCCCAUACUGGAGCAGUAACGUCCUACACUGAGCUCAUUACUGAGACAUGGCCUUCACACACACACACACACACACACACACACACUGCUGCUGAGAGCAAUGUCCAUCUGGGCUUCAUUUAUACUAGUGAGUCAUCUCUCUCCCUCUUACACACACACACACACACACACACACACACACACCUUGCAUAAGUAUUUACCCCCUCGAAGUCUCCCUGGUAUGUUUCAUUAUAAUCUGAAACUGAAAUUCAAAAAAAUCCCCACUAUGUAAUACUGCAUCAGUAAAGUUUGUGAAAAUGAUUUACUAAUAGAAACAAGAAAAAUGUGCAUAAGUAUUCACCCCCUUUACUGUGAAUCUCAUUAGCUCUAAAGUAACCAAGUCAGAUAUGACAUGGGAUUAAAGUGUCACUGGCCUUCAGUAUAAAUAAUCAGUGGAACCCUGAGGUCAAAACACACACACACUAAAAAAAGGUACUAAAUCUGAGUUCGGUUCAGUCACGAGCGCUUCGACAUGAUGCUAACACCACCAACCUUCAUCACUUUAACCAUUUAAAAUAAAGAGGAACAUCUAACUUUAA